AAUAACAAAGAUGGCCGAAGAACAGGAGGUGAUACAGAUAGAGUUGCUGUGCAAGCAACUUUACGAGUCUCAGGACCCCGAUGUGCGGGACCGGGCUGAGAAGGCUGUUGUCGCUUUUCAGGAGUCCCCGGACACCCUGAGCAAAUGCCAGGCGCUGCUGGAGCGCGCGGACUCCGCGUACUCGCAGCUGCUGGCCGCCACCACCCUCGCCAAACUCAUCAGCAGAUCCACAACGAGUUUAACAGUGCAGCAGCGCCUGGACAUCCGCAAUUAUGCGUUGAAUUAUCUCGCCACGCGCCCCAAGCUUGCAAACUUCGUAGUUCAGGCUUUGGUGGCACUGUUCGCACGCAUCACCAAACUGGGAUGGUUCGACAUGGUCAAAGAGGAGUUCGUGUUCCACAACGUCAUGGGAGACGUCGGAACCUUUUUACAGGGUCCAGCAGAAAUGUGCACAAUAGCAGUGCAGCUACUGUCGCAGCUGGUGUUAGAGAUGAAUCAAGUAUCAGAGGCGGACGCCAACCGAUCGCUCGCUAAACACAGGAAGAUCGCAUCUUCAUUUAGAGACACACAACUGUUCGAGAUGUUCCGCCUGUCCUGCUCGCUCCUCUCUGGCGCGAGAGGGAAGGCACUAGACCCCCUCGACGCCAGCCAGCACGCCUUAAUAGCGAGUCUGCUCCGGCUUGCCCACAACUGUCUCACGUACGACUUCAUCGGCACGGCGGUCGACGAGUGCUCCGACGACCUGUGCACCGUGCAGAUCCCCACAUCGUGGCGCGGCUCAUUCCUCGGCGGCGGCACGCUGGAGCUGUUCUUCUCGCUGCAACAGUCGCUGAGCGGCGGCGGGCUCGCGGGGCUCGCGCUCGCCUGCCUCGUGCAGCUCGCGUCCGUGCGCCGCUCGCUGUUCGGCAACAACGAGCGCGCCAAGUUCCUCAACCGCCUCGCGCACGGCGUGCUCACCAUAUUGGAAAACACACAGGGCCUCUCCGACCCUUCAAACUACCACGAGUUCUGCCGGCUGCUGGCGCGGCUCAAAUCCAACUAUCAGCUCGGCGAACUGGUCAUGGUGGACAACUACCCGCGUCUCAUAGAGCUUAUAGCAAAAUUCACAGUUCAGAGUUUACAAAUGUGGCAAUUUGCCCCCAACUCAGUCCACUAUCUCCUAUCACUGUGGCAGCGGAUGGUGGCGUCCGUACCCUACGUCAAGGCGACAGAACCACAUUUACUAGAAACUUACGCCCCGGGCGUCACCGCUGCUUACAUAGAGUCCAGACUCAACUCUGUGGCCGUCGUCGUCAGGGACGGCCUAGAAGACCCCCUCGACGAAGUGGGGUGCGUGCAGCAACAGUUGGAGCAGCUGUCGGUGAUCGGGCGCUGCGAGUACGGCAAGACGUGCCAGCUGCUGGUGUCGCACUUCGACCGCGCCGCCGCCGCCUACAGCGUCGAGGGAAACGCGCACCAACUUACAGUACUCAGAGGCCAACUGACCUGGCUGGUGUACAUGAUCGGCGCCUGCAUCGGCGGCCGUGCGUCCGUCAACAUCUGCGACGAGAACGACGCAAUGGACGGCGAACUCGUCUGUCGGGUCCUGCAGCUCAUGGACCUCACUGAUUCGAGGCUAGCCACUGGUGGGUGUGAGAAACUAGAGCUGGCCAUGAUGUCGUUCUUCGAGCAGUUUAGGAAAAUAUACGUUGGCGACCAGGUUCAAAAGAACAGCAAGGUGUACCGGCGGUUGUCUGAAGUGCUGGGCCUCAACGACGAGAGCCGGUUGCUAAGCGUGCUUAUGAGAAAAAUCAUCACCAACCUGAAGUACUGGGGCGGCUCGGAGCAGAUCAUAGCGAAGACCCUCGGGCUGCUCAGCGACCUCAGCGGCGGGUACUCCUGCGUGCGCAAACUAGUCAAACUGGAGGAGGUUCAGUUCAUGCUCACGCAUCAUACGGCAGAGCAUUUCCCAUUCCUGGGUAUAACUGGAGUGGGCACGACGGAGAUGCGAUGUCGCACCAUGCUAUACACGGCGUUGGGGCGGCUGCUCAUGGUGGAAUUAGGGGAGGACGAGGAACGUUUCCACGCCUUCAUGAUGCCGCUCACAGCUGCCUUCGAAAGCCUAGUCAGCCUGCUAGGGCCGCCGGAGAGCCCGCUGUUCUCAUCUGAAGACGCCAAAAAGACGCUAAUCGGUCUAGCGCGGGACCUGAGAGGUCUGGCCUUCGCCUUCAACACCAAGACGACCUACAUGAUGCUGUUCGACUGGAUCUACCCUGUAUACAUGAAGGUGCUUCUCCGCGGCAUCGAGACCUGGUUCUCGGAGCCCGCGCUCACCACGCCGGUCCUCAAGCUGACGGCCGAGCUGGCGCAGAACCGCAACCAGCGCCUACACUUCGACGUGUCGUCUCCCAACGGGAUCCUGCUCUUUAGGGAGCUGUCUAACAUCAUAUGUGCUUAUGGCAGCAGAAUAUUGACGAUAGACGUGAGCAAGAAGCAAAUGUACGCGAUGAAGCUCAAGGGCAUCUCGCUCUGCUUUUGCAUACUGAAAGCCGCGUUGUGCGGGAACUAUGCCAACUUCGGCGUCUUCAGGUUAUACGGCGAUGAAUCCUUGGACAACGCGCUGAACAUGUUUGUCAAGUUACUAUUAAGUAUACCUCAAAGCGAUCUCUUAGAUUAUCCAAAGCUGUCACAAACGUACUACGUGCUCCUAGAGCGCCUCGCACAGGACCACAUGGCGUUCCUAGCGUCCCUGCAGCCCGAGGCCACCCUGUAUGUGCUGUCAUCUAUCUCCGAAGGACUCACGGCGUUGGACACGAGCGUGUGCACGGGAUGCUGCGCGACGCUGGACCACAUAGUCACAUAUCUAUUUAAGCAAUUAGUACAGAAAUCAAGCAACAAAAUCCCUCACGGGCGGCAACCGGAGACGAGUAACAUGUUCAUACAAGUGCUGCAGCAGCGGCCCGAGAUCAUGCAGCAGCUGCUGGCCACGGUCCUAAACGUGAUAAUGUUCGAAGACUGCUGCAACCAGUGGUCCAUGUCGCGGCCCCUCCUCGGCCUCAUCCUGCUCAACGAGGAGCAGUUCAGCCGCAUCCGGGCCGAGAUGAUCGCCCAGCAGCCCAGGGACAAGCAGCCACAACUAGCGCAGUGGUUCAGCGGACUCAUGCAGGGGAUUGAACCCAACCUACUCACCAAGAAUAGGGAUAAAUUCACACAGAACCUGUCGAUGUUCCGGCGCGACAUCAACGAGCUGCUGAAGGGCGCCGUCAGCGGAGCCGCCUGCAACGACAUGAUGACGUCAUAGGUCACUCAACACACACACACACACACACACACACACACACACACACACACACACACACACACACACACACACACACACACACACACACACACACACACACACACACACACACACACACACACACACCCGCACACAUGGACACACGGAACACAUGUACGCAACUCACACGUUUAAGAGUGCAGUGUAAGCAAAAAACUAAAGGCGCCUGGGUGCGGUUCAAAUACAAAAUAGGGAACGUACCCAUACUACGUACUAUGGGGGGCCGAGGGGGUCGUCAAAAUACCAAGCUUGAUCACAGGGGGGUCUUAGGUUUUGGUCACGUAGUUUAGGGGAAAUCUCGCGCUUUUCCGAUCUUUAUUCAAAUAUGGAGCGCAGCGUUUAGCGCUUUUGAAACACAGGUGGCAACUUUGACGUAAUUUUUUUUAUGGGUCACAUAGACAUAGUUGUUGACAUGAUCCCAUACCAGUUAAGUCGUGAGUUGUUUUCCUUGUAUCACAAUAAAAUAUUUUACAGUACAUAUGGUGCUACUUUCUCGCACUAGUGCGUAAAAGAGCACUUUUCGUGCAUAUGUCGAAAGUUUAAACGACUAUAUGUACGAUACGUUGUACGAUACACGUGCGAAUAGGUAAUUCGCAACUCGUGUCGAUUUAAAACACUCCCUGCGGUCGUAUUUUAAUUUAUCGCCACUCGUUUCGAAUUUCCUCUUUUCCGCACUUGUAUCGUGUAACUAUUCCGUGUAUCAUUAUAAAUCUGUAAUCAAACACCGUAGUAAUAGACCUUAUCAGUGUAAUAGACGUUUUAUUUCAGUCGCCAUCAGAUAUAUCGGAGCGGUCAAGGUACCCAAAAGUAUCUGUACAUGGACUUGAAAUUUUUGAUGGCUUUGUUCAGAUAUUUGUAAACACGUUGGGCGUUACGAUAUAUCUGAUGGCGAGUGUACACUAAUUGUGUGCAAUGUGCGGGUGGUUUUAGAGCAUUAAAAACGGGUCACAUUAUAUUAGAAUUAUCUUAUAAAGUUAUCCGUUUUAAUAGCAUUGUUGAGGAGGGAUUAAAUUUCGUCAUCGUGUCGAAAUGUAAUGGAAAUGGAUUUUAUUUUAUAUUGAUGUAUGUAUUUCAUUCGAGUGUUAGUGAUAUGCGAAUUGUUGAUUAUGAAUAUUAUGAUCGUAUUGUGAGCAUUAAUAAUUUUAAAUGGUCAAUUUACAGAUUUAAGCAAAUUUUGACCAAGAAUAGCUGAAGUUUUCAGUAUAGUUUUUUUAGCAGUGAAGUUUUCACUAUUCAAAAGUCAUUUUACCCAAAUUGACAUCGUAAAUGUAGUUAAAAUUUAAAUAAUAACUGUGAAGUAUUGAGUGCAUUUCAAUUAUUUCUUUUAAAAUACACGAAUGAAACUCGUUGUUAGAAAAUCUUUAUGGUACAGUAAGCAUCCAAAGUAAAGCGGAUCAGACUACGCGUCAAAAGUACUUUCACCACACCAGCUGGUGAAGGCUCUCUUGAUUGUUCAACAACUGAUAAGAAAGUUGCAUUUUGUUCACAUGUGAGGCAAAGUAAUCAAAUGCAAAUUUUUAGUUCUUUUCUUAUGUUUUCUGGUAGAAUUGACUUUUAAAUGACAAUUUUGAAUGAUAAACCUUUAAUAACAUUAAUUUUGAAUUGAUAUGCAUUGAUUUUGUUUAUUUACAGUUAGUAUUUUCCUUGUGUUGGUGUAGUGAAACUUUUGUGUUUUACUCGAUGGUAUUAUUUGUUUAACCCUCGUGCCUUGAAACCCUUGCAACCCUCAAGAUUUCAUUUUGCGAACGACUCGCUACGCUCGUGGUUGAAUUUUGGAUUCUUCCGCUUGCUCGGGUAUCAAUAUUAGCAACAGAGGUUAAACAACGACUUUGCCCCCUUGUGAAACAAAUAACUAUUACUAUUCUCCAACAGCCUAACACAAAGAGAUAUGUCUCCAUAUGGGGCAUUUUCUAUGAAAAGGGACCUUAUUGUCGAUGGCGCUUACGCCGCACAGCGUCGCGCGGCAAUGUAAUUAUAUCAGAGCAUCGUUAUCUUAUCUUAUCUUAUCUUAUAGUUUCGGGGGCCCUUACGGAUACACUUCGACCCAUAGGGAUCUUUUGUGCAGUUACCCCCUAGGAAAGAUCCGUCCGCUACUCAAGAGCCUUCCCCACCAUCUCCAUAUGCCGGAUGAUGAACCUUAUGGGUAGCUUUUUGAAUUCCUUUGGUACCAGGUAGCCUGUUCCAAAGUCCUUCAUUAUUUGUCUGGCGAGGGCGUGACAGGUCAGAGCAUCGUUAAUAAUGGCGUAAACGCCAUCGACAAUAAGGUCCCUUUUUAUAGAAAAUACCACAUAUGUGGAACAAUUAGUCUGUAAAAGAUACUUAUAGCGUUUUUUUAGCAUUCAAAAAAGGUAAACAAUCUUGGCGUGUCUUUUUAUUGCAAAUAUUGAAAAACGCUUUUAAGAAUUCCUGGCAAGCUCGGCCGAAUUGCAACAUCCCAUAAAAACGUAGUUCCGCUCUCAUAUUAAAACUACGUGUUGGAUUAUAAUGAAACUUUGCACGUACAAUGACAUGAGGUAUAUCUAGGUCUGUAAUUAGUUUAUAUAGCUCCAGUUUAUAAAACAAACGAAAUAGAGCAUAAACAAGUUUUGUAUGAAAAACUUAAAUUCGCUGUUUUUUUUUAACUAAGGUAUCUGAAGCUACAUAAACUUAUCCUAUUGCAAGUACAAUGUUUCAGAGCAAUCUAGCUAGUCGUUUUAAAACGAGAUCGGAAUUACGUUUGUAUGUAGAACCGAGCUUGCCGGAGACCAUGAAAGAAUUAGUUUAUCAUAAGUAAUAUCAAAGAUAUAACUCCGUAAUAGAUGGAUACAGUCUAAGGAAAAAACGUGCCUCGAAAAUCAAGAAAAUUUGAUUCUCGUUCAGAGGGCGCUACUAGCUUUAGCCUACUGUCGUAUAGAUGACGGUUUCGUUUGUUAUUUAAUAAUUUUUACGCAUAUCAGUGAAAGAACAUGGGUCAAAAUCAUAAAAAUUAUUAAUGCAAAUAAAAAAAAACAUUUAUCUAUAUUUAAAUACAUUUUAUCGUAUUUUUAUAAAUCUUCAUUUUUAGUUUUAAAGUGUGUCGAUAGAUGGCAGUGAAUUUACAGUGGUUUAAAAUUUACUAUGACAGUACCGCUCUAUCUUAUUAUAUCCUCUUUGGUAAUAUGAAAGCAAAAUAAUGUAAAAAAUAUUAUAUGAUUUAUAAUUGUAACAUAUUUGCUGUGACUUAUUUUUUAAAAGUGAUUUUUAAUAAAAAGGCACUUCAAGAUCGCUUACCUUCUUUCUAAUGCUAAAAAAACGAACUAUAGAAAAGUAUUCCAGGGUGGCUGAUACUUGAGAUACUUGCGUCGCGUUGUUUGGUCAGGUACUGUUCAUGCUGACUGUACUACAAGAUUUAAGUCUAAAUAUUCAGUAAUCGGAAUAGGCAGAGUAUAAAUACCUAAACUUAGUAGAAUACAAUGUGUGGCCUGUAAUAGGAGCAAAAAAUUAAACUGUAGGCUGUACUCCUCAUACCGACCAACAUUUGUUCAGCGACUUUUAAAAAUAACUUGUGUUUUGAUUAAAUAAAACUAUGAAAACGGAUUAUAUCGCGUAUAUUGAAUUUAUAAUACAUCCCGACGUUUCGAACUCAAUAUACGCGAUAUAAUCCGUUUUCAUAGUUUUAUUUCAUGAGUAACUAUCGCGGUAACCGAAGACAAUAUUUGUGUUUUGAUUUUUAAUACACUUUAAAGUUUUUUCCAAGACGCAAUGUAUUGCGAAUUUUGUUAUGUUUAAGGUGUGACAGGCAACGUCAAUCACAAUGAUAAUGGCGUACAUUGAAGAUAAUAUUUAUUUUGUAUGAAAAAUACGAAGUCUAAAGUCUUCAUUAUUUUUAAAAGUCGCUGAACAAAUGUUGGUCAGUUUGAGGAGUACAGCCUACAGUUUAAUUUUUUGCUCCUAUUACAGGCCACACAUUGUAUAGACAAAAAGUGGAGACUUUCUUACGACUACAAUUUUUUGCGCAACUUAAGUCCCGGAAAAUAAUAUUGUUAACAAUGCAUUCCUCUUUUUUAUCUAAUAAACAUGCAAUAAAUAUUUUUUUUAAUACCUUUCUAUAAAUAUAUUUCUUAAAUCUAAGUAAAAAAAUAUAUAUCGUCAGAAUCAGAAUCAUAUUAAAAAAAAACAUUUAUUUCGGACAAUUCGGAAUCCAUAUACAAUUUACAUAUCAAAUAUUAAAAUAUUAAAAUUAAAAUUAAAAUAAAAUUAAAUUAAAUUUAUUAAUGACAAAACAACAAACACAAAACUAUUAUUAUUUUCUUGUAGAUAUACUACUAUUUUUUAUUUCAUAUUUUCAAUGAUAUGUCGGUUUCUUUUGACGCUUAAAAUCCACUUGUAAGUUGAAAACGAUUUUUCAGCAUCCACAGACAUUACUAUCAUUUUAAAUCGGAGUCCCGAAAAAAUGUUAAUGCAAUGAAGUCUCCACUUCAUGACUUUGUUCUAGGUAUUUAUACUCUGCCUAUUCUGAUUACUGCUAAUAUGUCUUACGUGUUACAAAUGGUUACGGACUUAGGACACAAUCUUGUAACAACCUGAAAGUUUGUUCAAAGCUGUAAGUGGAUAGAGUAAAUUGCCUUUCUUGUCUUAAGUGAGCAGGAGAGAUCGUUUUGUUUUUUAAACUGAGCAUUGUUUGUAAGCAAUUUUUAACUUUUCUGGUUUUUUUUUUGUCUUCAUUCCAGUCUAACGUAAAAGUAUUAUACUAUACCAUUACAGGUUUGAAAUAUAAAAAUAUUAAAGCGCUAAUCGCCUAGCGGUAAGAGCGUGCAACUUUCAAUCUGGACGUCGCGGGUUCAAACCCCGACUCGUACCAAUGAGUUUUUAGGAAAUGAAAAUCUUUAUUUCAGGCAACUAGUGGCCGAUAAACAGAUACCUUAAAACUAUACAAUACAAAAUAUUGUCUUCGGUUACCGCGAUAGUUACUCAUGAAAUAAAACUAUGAAAACGGAUUAUAUCGCGUAUAUUGAAUUUAUAAUACAUCCCGACGCCCGUUGUCACCCGUUGACCACGUACGCUGUAAAGAGUUCGAAACGUUGGGAUGUAUUAUAAAUUCAAUUAAUAUACGCGAUAUAAUCCGUUUUCAUACUUUUAUUUCAUAAACAAUACAAAUUACAUUAUGGUUGCGAUGCAUUACGGCCGCGGAAUCGAAGAAACUUGACACCCUUCGGCCAAAACUCCUCCUUGGUACAGGUCGCUAGACGUUCACUCGGAACGCUCACCACAAACGAAUUAAAAUUCUCAUUGUGUCGCGAUUCCAACUUCGCGACCUUCAGGACGAAUCCGGUCUCUGUUUUCACAUACUUUACGAUGUCAUCGACCUUCGUAAGGUAAGGUUUUUGGGAACUUGUGUACGAAAUAGUGUUUGAUAUUUACCAGUUGUUUUUCAGUGAAGGAAAUUAUCGUAAGGAAAUCGGACUAAUCCCAAUAAGGCUGUUUCCCCUCUGAGUUCAUGGCAGUCGCUUUCGUAAAAACUAGGGCCUAGGUAAAUUCUUAGGAUUAGAUGUCAAUCGGACCCCAGGCUCCCAUGAGCCGUCGCGUGCCAAAAUGCCGGGAUCACGCGAGGAAGAAGAAAUAUAAAAUACAGCUUGUCGUAAAUUUCAACUUUCAACACAUGAUUCGUCCUGCGGCGGGGUAGCACGGUCGAAUUUUUGUAACUCCGUACAAUCUGAGGAUAAAACGUGCCUCGAAAAUCAAGAAAAUUUGAUUCUCGAUCAGAUGCCGCCACUACCUUUGGCCUACUCUCGGAUGGAUGUCGUUGACGGUUUCGUUUGUUAUUUAACCAUUUUAACUCAUAUCAGUGAUUUAUAUCAAGCCCUAUUAUUUUAACCCAUGUUGGGUUAAAAUAAUAUAAAAAUAAUUAAUGCAAAUAAAAAAAAAACAUUUAUUCAAAUAUGAAUACAUUUUUUGAUAUUUUUAUUUUUAGUUUUAAUCGGCUGUCGAUAGAUGACAGUGAAUUUGCUACAAAAUUUACUAUAACAGUACCGCUCUAUCUUAUUAUAUCUUCUUUGCUGUCACGUUCUAACAAGUAUGUAAGUGCGAAAGUGACAGGCUUCGAAUAAUACUCCUUUAAAAUUAUUAUUCACAACGAGGGAACCACGGGGACAACGCCGUUCUCGAAACGUCUGUGGUUAACUUAUUUUACGCGAUUAAGUUCCCUCGUUGUGAAUAAUAAUGAAUUUAAAUCGUAAAAGUUUAAAAUCAGUCCUUUAAAAUUUUCCUAUUCCCCUACUACAUAAUAGAAAAGUUAAAAAUUGCAUCACAUCCACUUACAAACAGAAAUGCUCCGCAUGUGACAUGCCUUGAGGCGCCUAGUGUAACUGUAAAGUGUUGGUUCCGUAUACCCUAGCCUUGUAUACUUGGAUGUUAGUAUAGCGGCCGAUGUAAAUAGUUCAUGAAAUACAUUGUGAUUUGUACAAAGUA